AUGAACCUUGACGCCGUCGUCCUGGUGACGGGAGCCACGGGAAGCUUGGGCUCACAUCUCGCCCAGAAGCUGGCCGAGGAUCCCAAGGUCGCGCGGGUGGUGUGCCUUAACCGCCGCAGCAGCAGCGUGCUCGCCGAAAAAAGGCAACAAGAAGCAUUUGCCAACCGUGGCAUUAAACUUCUUCCUAGUACCCGUGCCAAACUCCGCAUCUUUGAGACUGAUACCUCGAAAGCGCAACUGGGUCUUUCGCCGCUCGAUUACUCGUGGCUUGUCGAGCACGCCACUAAUAUUGUGCAUAAUGCUUGGCCCAUGAGUGGCACACGGCCUAUCAGUGCGUUUGAGCCGCAGCUCCAGGCUAUGCGCAACCUGCUGGACUUAGCUCGUGAGAUAGCGUCCCGAGAUGUUGACCCUCCGAGCCGCGUGGGCUUUCAAUUCGUCUCGUCUAUUGGAGUCGUAGGCUUCGCUGGCGAGUCGCGAGUCCUUGAGCACCGCGUGCCACUAUUUGCCACUCUUCUCAGCGGUUACGGCGAAGCCAAGUGGAUGUGUGAGCGCAUGCUCGAUGAAACACUGCAUAAGUACCCGCGUUCUUUUUGCCCCGGUCAAAUUUCAGGAUCAUCCACUAGUGGCUUCCGGAACCCCGUCGAGCACUUCGCUUUCUUAGUCAAGUCAGCCCAGUCGCUGCGUGCGUGGCCCGACCUGGAUGGUGUGCUGCAGUGGAUUCCUGUGGAUUAUUGUGCCGACAUCAUGGCCGACCUGUUGAAGAUUGGGUUGCGCGACAAAGCACCUGACGCUUAUCCUGUUUAUCACAUCGACAACCCCAUUGGCCAGCAAUGGAAAAGUAUGUCACCCGUGCUGGCUGAUGCGCUAGGUAUACCACCCCAAGCCAUUAUUCCCUUCAAGGGCUGGAUCUCGAGGGUCCGCCGGUCUCCUAUGCCUCUCGAGACAGAGAACCCAGCUGCUCGCCUAGUCGACUUCCUUGAUGACCAUUUUGAGCGCAUCUCGUGUGGCGGUCUAGUUCUAGAUACGAGUAAGACGCAAGAGCACUCCGAAACUAUGGCUAGUGCGGGCCCUGUGAGUCCUGAGGUGGCCCGUCUCUACGUGGCUGCUUGGAAGAAGAUGGAUUAUCUGAACUGA